AAUUCACAGAGAUUACUUCUAAUGCUUUUGCAUUUUCAUUCUUUAUUUCCCUCUCAAUUUCUCUGAAACAAAAGCCACCAAUAUUUCCAUUCCUCUCUCUCUCUCUUCUUCACUUUCUUUCUUUUUAUCUCUACACUGAAUCUUCUGUUGCCCCUUUCUUUUUCUCCUUUGAGGAAUUCAAGGCAAUAAGUUUCGACUUGCCAAAAAGACUCUUCUAUCAUCAUCAUCCUGUUUAGCUCCCAAAGUUUCUCCUCUUACCCAUUUUGAAUUCUUUGCCAUUUCCAAUCUUCAUAAACCUUGAAAGCCACAUACCGCGGUUUAGAGAGAAAAUCCUUAUUGUAUCUUCAUGAACCUCACACACAAGUUUCCCAUUGCAAUUCCAAAAUUAUUGCGAAGCUUUCAUAUUUACAUUAGACCUCAACCUUCUCAGUAAAAUUUUAAUUAUUUGCUAAUACUCAAACAGCCAUAGGGUCUUCAACUGCUGAAUAUAUGGAGGCAAAAAGCAGAGAGCAUGGCAAGAUCAGAAAGCGAGGAAAUUCCUCCUCCUCCUCCUCCUCGCUAGCCCAAAAGUACAGAUUCAAGCGAACAAUUCUAGUUGGAAAGAGAGGUGGGUCUACUACUUCUGUUCCAACGUGGAAAACAAGCACCAAGUCUCCAACUUUAUCAGUUCCAAAUGCAGAAUCCACCAAGUGUCCUCUCUCUCAAAGUGGGGACAACGCUAAGGACGCGUCAGUUUCUGCAAGAAAAUUGGCUGCCACUUUAUGGGGGAUCAAUAACAUUCCUUCUCAGAGAGUUAGAAAGGAUUUAGAAGCGAAAGGAGAUAAUAAAGAGCUGAGAAGCAGAGAAAAAGUUGAAAAGUUCCCAAAUUUGUUGGAUCCAUCUUACACUCAGAUUUCUGAGAAGAUGGAUCGAUCUAGAGUACAUGGUCAUAGAAGAAGGGCAUCAGUUUCUAGAAAGAAAGUUGAGGUGACUGAUUAUAAUGUGGGAGGCUUGGACUCUCUUAGUAAUGUAAGUUUGAUGGAGACUGAAACUCAUACCAAAAGCAAGAGACACAAGGAAUGUGUAACUGGAAUUAGAGCCCGAUUGAAGGAUAUUAGUAAUGGCUUGGUUGCAUCUAAAGAGCUUCUAAAAGUUCUGAAUCGUAUUUGGGGUCUUGAUGAGCAGCAUUCUUCAGGAAUGUCCGUAGUGUCAGCAGCUCGUGUUGAGCUUGAUCGAGCCUGGUUACAGGUUGAUCAAUUGAUUAAAGAACAGCGCCCUAACCGCAAUGAGAUUGAGAUCAUUGUGAUGCAUUUUGAAGAAGAAAAAGCAGCUUGGAAAAGCAAAGAACGAGAUAAGAUUCACAAUGCCAUAGCUUGUGUUGCAGAAGAGCUUGAAGUAGAGAAGAAAUUAAGAAGACAGACGGAGAGGUUGAAUAUGAAGCUUGGAAAAGAAUUAGCAGAUACAAAGGCAUCUCUGUCCCAGGCCUUGGAAGAGCUUGAGAGUGAGAAGAGGGCAAAGGAGAUAUUGGAGCAAGUGUGCGAUGAGUUAGCCAGAGGCGUUGGAGAAGACAAAGCUGAGGUUGAAGAAUUGAAAAUAGAAUCUGCUAAAGUCAGGGAGGAGAUGGAAAAAGAAAGGGAAAUGCUUCAGCUAGUUGAUGUGCUGCGUGAAGAAAGAGUCCAGAUGAAACUCUCCGAGGCUAAAUAUCAUUUUCAAGAGAAAAAUGAAGCAGUUGAGAGGCUAAAAGAUGAGCUUGAGUCCUACCUCAAAGAAAAAGUACCAGGUAAAGAAAGUUGUCAUGGCUUUCCAAAUUAUGAAGGAAUUAAAGAGUUUCAGGCUUAUUUGAAAGAAAUACAAAAUGGAUCAUCACCAAGGGCUGAGAAAGAACGAAACGAAGGGGUAAUAGAAAAUGGGGAAGUUCCUGAUGGAGAUGAUUCAGCUGAUAGUGAUCUUCACUCCAUUGAAUUAAACAUGGACAACAACAGCAAAAGCUACAACUGGAGUUAUGCUUGUGAUAGUGAUGCUUUAGAUAAUCUGAACCGAGUCUCAUUAGAUAUAAAUUUUAAGGGGAGAAAGUCUUUCUGUGAAAAUAUUCAAUGGGGAAGCAUCUGUUUACAAAGAAGAAAUUCUAAUAGCACAGAUGGUCCUAAUAGGGAUUUCAUUAGUAAAAAUAAGGAAAAAUCAGAUGUGUCUGACAGGGAAAGGCUAUCUGAACUUGAUUCCCAUUCUCAAAUGCAGGAGAAUGAAGAUGAAAUCAUGCAACAUAGAUCGGUGAAGAGCCUUAGAGACACCAUUUUACCUGGUUCAAGAAGGCAACCUAUACAGAUCUUUUCUAGUCCAACAAGGCAGUGGGGGACUUUGCAAGAUUCUAAGAGUGCAGUUUCAGAUAGUUCACCAGUUCUGCAAGGAGAUGCUUUGAAGCCCAGGGUAGUGGGAAAAAGAGGAGACCGCAGGACCUUGACAAGUUCAAGACAUUGAAAGUACUCUACCUAUUUUAUUUGCAGAAAAGUUGUACCUGCAUAUCUUUAGAAAUGUUAGAAGUUAACUAUCACCCAGUAGCUAAUUCAUUUGUAAAUGGAAUCGCAUAGAGCUGUAUGGAUCUUAGUAGCCAAUAGAAGCACUUUAUUCAUGCUGUAUGUGUUCGAAUUUUGUUGGUAUGGACUUGUUUUGGGUUCACUUACAAAAUAUUAUUGUUACAACGUUGUUUUUAUUACA